UCUUCAAGGAACUCAAGACUCACAUUUCUACGUCUGGAGCAACACAGGGACCCUCCUUUUAGAGUGACAUCCCUGUUGCUGUUCACGUCCAAACUAUGCAUGCUGAUCACGCUACUGGCCUGUGUUCUCGUCACCGCCAAGAACUACAUCGGGGAGAACAUUCGGUGCAUCACGGGGUUCGAGAAGCAGGAACACAAGGCCAUUGAGACGUACUGCUUCAUUGCUUCCACCUUCACCAUGGUGAAUCUCAAUGCUGAGGUGGCAGCUCAUCCCGGCGUGGGUCCCAUCCGCGUGCCGCCCACGGUAGCGGGAGAGUCAGGAGACGGGGAGAAGCGCGUGCACGCAUACUACCAGUGGGUGCCCAUGGUGCUGGUGCUGCAGGCCGUCGUCUACUACUUCCCCAUCUGGCUCUGGAAAAGGAUCGACAGAGGCUUCUUUGAAACAAUCAUCUGCCACCUUGACAAAGUCCACAUCGGUGACGUCUCUAACAAUAUCCAGAGUUCCGUGAAGUUCUUCGCCUCUAGCUUCAGCACCCACAGGAGUUACGCCGUGUCCUUCUUCCUGUGUGAGUGCGCGGCCUUUGCUAUCUCUGUCGGCAACCUCUUCUUCACCAACACCUUCCUGGGCGGCGAGUUCUUCCAGUUCGGUCCUGCUGCCCUCAAGUAUUUCAACACCAACGCCACUGACAACAGCAAUCCCCUCAACGAGAUCUUCCCCAAGGUUGCCAAGUGCACGUGGCAUAAGUUUGGAGCGUCCGGCACCAUCCAGACCCACGACUCAAUGUGCGUCCUGCCACUCAACAUCGUCAACGAGAAAACCUACAUCUUCCUGUGGGUGGUGUACAUCUUCACGGCGGCCAUCUGUGGAGUGCUGUUGCUCCUCCACCUCAUCCUCAUCCUCGUGCCUGGUGUGCGCAACGCUUACCUCAUCUACCGUGCGAGGAAGCACGAGACCAAGGUGAAUCUACAGUACCUCCUGCCAAAGUGUGACUACGGUGACUGGUUCCUGCUGCUCCACUUCAGAAGCAACAUGGUGUACUUCCACGAGUGGGUGGCGCUGGCCCGGGCUGAAGUGCAGAAGUAGUCAAGCCACACAGACACACAGUCUUCAGUAGUGGCGCUGUGAUGCUGAUGUCAGGAUGUCUUGCUCUAAAUUCACUACCCGUAAUCAUUGAUCUAUUUCUAAUUUAUGUAUUUUGUAUGUGUGCCUUGAAUCUUACUGGGGAAGAUUGAGAUGUUUUUUUUGUUUCCUCGUAAGAAACAAUAGAAAUAAAAAUAAAAGCAAUCAAAAAACCUUAA